AUGUCCGCGGAGGGCGCGUACUCGCCGUGUCCGGCGGAGGCGCUGCCGGAACUCAGCGCCGCCGAGCUGGCGAUGAGCCUGUCGCCCAAGUCGGCGCUGCUGCAGCAGAACCUCUCCCAGCUGCAGCUGCAGCACUCCACGCCCUUCUCCGUGACCGACAUCCUGUCUCCCAUCGAGGAGUACCGCAAGCUCGAGCUCGCCAACAACCCGCCGUCGCCGUACAGAUCCAACUCAUCGGGUAGCAGCAUCAACUCGCCGCUGGGUCCGGCGGCGUCGUGCGGUAUGUCCGGCAACCCGUAUGCCGUGCCGCUGUACGGCGGGGCGCCUGUGCAGGGCUACGGCUGCGCCCCAGCCGACCUGCCACACUACGGAGACAUGCGCGGCGCGGGCUGGUACCCCGCCUCCAACGACCCCAGGUUUGCCAUUUCCAGGCUGAUGACGUCGACGUCGACGGGGAUGGGCCACGUCAACAACAUGGGCGGGCUGGCCGCGUGCGCAGGGCCCGAUGCCAAGCCUAUGCAGUUCCCACUAGCGCAGCGGCGGAAGCGGAGAGUGCUCUUUACGCAAGCGCAGGUGUACGAGCUGGAGCGACGGUUCAAGCAGCAGAAGUAUCUGUCCGCCCCCGAGAGGGAGCACCUUGCAUCGCUCAUACAUUUAACGCCCACACAGGUCAAAAUAUGGUUUCAAAAUCAUCGCUACAAGUGUAAGAGACAGGCGAAGGAGAAGGCAAUGGCUGAACAGAACCAACACAACCAGUGUAUCUUCCAGUCAUCAUCAUCACCCCGGCGGGUGGCAGUGCCAGUGUUGGUGAAGGACGGCAAGCCGUGCGGCUCGGGCGAGGCGUCGUCGCCGGCGCACAGCCACUGCGCCACCCCCACCUCCGGCUACUCCGCGCCGCAGCCCAGCCAGGCCGCCUGCAGCAACCCCCUCGUCUCCACCUACCGACAACCCGCCUACCAGCAACAGUGCUCUGGCUACCUCCCUCUCCAAGGCAGGGCCUGGUAGAAAUUUCCACAGCUUUACCACGAGACAAUGUUCAAAGAGGAGAUGUAUUUUGAUUAAAAAGUUACGUCUGUCUCGUCUGAUGA